GAAUACACAAAUACAUGACUAUACAGGGAACCAUGAAUUGUUUACUUUUGACAGAAUGUGUGGUGAGUGAGCAAAACCAUCCUAAAAAAACAAACAGCAUUGAACAUUUAUUGCUCAGAGUGUCUGAGAGUGGAAAACCAGAGGAAGACGGUUGGUGGCAGAACUAUUGACAAUGCAAACACUGGAAUCAGUGACCUUCAAUGAUGUAUCUAUAGACUUUGAUGCAGAAGAGUGGGCCUUGAUGGAUAAAGCCCAGAGAAACUUGUUCAGACAUGUUAUGCUGGAGAUUAUCAGUCAUCUGGUGUCAGUGGGGUAUCAGCUCUGCAAAUCAGAAGUGGUUUCCCAGUUGGAACAAGGAGAGGAACUGUGGAGGGGAGGAUUAGGAUUUCUCCAAGGACAAAGUACAAUUAUUUCAGGCAGACAAGAAGACCACAGAGAAGAAGAAAUGAUAACCAUGCCAUAUAUCUGCAAUAAGGACAAAUAUAUCAUCCAGUCAAAGCAACAGAUUUCUACCAUUGGAGAGGAUCCCAUUGAGAGUAAUCAUUUGGGAGAAGAUUUAAUUCACUCCAUAUUGACUGACAUGGAAACAAAGCCCUAUGUAAAUGAACAUUUUCAAAAAGUUAUCAAUUAUCAGUCAUUCUUUACUAGACAUAAGGAAAUUCAGUCUGGACAUAAUUUGUAUGAUUAUCAUCAAUUUGUAAAACCCUUUAGAAAUAUUUCUGCCCUUAGACAGUAUGAGAGAACUUGCACUGGAGAGAAAUCAUAUGUCUGCCAUCUAUGUGGGAAAUACUUCAGUCAAUAUUGUAACCUUAUGGAACAUGAGAGAACUCACAUUGGGGAGAAAGCAUAUAUCUGCCAUCAAUGUGGGAAAAUGUUCACCGAUAGUUCAAAGCUCAGAGUACAUGUGAGAACUCACAGUGGGGAGACACCAUACCUCUGCCAUUUAUGUGGGAAGUCCUUCAAUAUAAGUGCUAACCUUAGGCAACAUGAGAGAACUCACACUGGGGAGAAACCGUAUGUCUGCAAUUUAUGUGGGAAAUCUUUCAGUCAAAGUGGUAACCUUAGACAACAUGGGAGAACUCACACUGGGGAGAAACCAUACAUCUGCCAUCUGUGUGGGAAAUCCUUCAAUCAAAGUGGUAACCUUAGGCAACAUGAGAGAACUCACACAGGGGAGAAACCAUACGUCUGCCAUCUAUGUGGGAAGUCCUUCAGUCUAAGUGAUAAGUUUAGGCAGCAUGAGAGAACUCACACUGGGGAGAAACCAUAUGCCUGCCAUCUAUGUGGGAAAUCCUUCAGUCAGAGUGGUAGCCUUAGGAUACAUGAGAGAACUCACACUGGGGAGAAACCAUAUGUCUGCCGUUUGUGUGGGAAAUCCUUCCGUGAAAGUUGUAAACUUAAGCAACAUGAGAGAACUCACACUGGGGAGAAACCAUAUGUCUGCCAUCUAUGUGGGAAAUCUUUCAGUCAAUGUGGUAGCCUGAGGGGACAUGAGAGAACUCACACUGGGGAGAAACCAUAUGUCUGCCAUUUGUGUGGGAAAUCCUUCCAUCAAAGUUGUAAACUUAGGCAACAUGAGAGAACUCACACUGGAGAGAAGUCAUAUAUAUGCCAUCUAUGUGGAAAAGAUUUCCCUAGUAAUUCUAACUUUAUACAACAUAUGAGAACUCACACUGGGUAGAAACCAUACAUCUGCCAUCUAUGUAUGAAAUCCUUAAGUCAAUAUGGUAUCUGUAAUAACAUGAGAAAGCUUACACUGGGGAGAAACCAUAUAUCUGCCAUUUAUGAGGAAAUCCUCAUGUCACUGUGGUACCCUUAGGCAACUUAGGAGAACUCACACUGGGAAGAAACCAUAUGACAGCUUUCUUUCAGGAAAGACUUCACUGAUAGAGUGAUCCCCAGACAACAUGAGAUAGUUAACAUUGGGGAGAAAUGUCUGUGAUCUCUGGGGGAAACCAUUAUACAUAAUUCUGCCACUAGGAGCAUCAUGGAACUCAAUAAAUAUGUUGUGUAUAUGGAAGAGUUUUCAGACACACCUACUAACUUUAAAAACUAAAAACUCACACAGGAGUGUCAUCAAUGUCUAAAUUCCUUUAUUUACAAUGUAUCCUUAAAUAACAUGAUUGCACUAUCCUGGGAGGAAAAGUAUCUAAUUAUCUAUAAUGGAUUUCAGCUGAGUCCAGCAUUUGUGUAUGCAAGCAUAGCUCAGAGUAGGAAUAACUCCAAAACCAGAAAACUGGAUAGGAAAGAUAUUAUCAGUAGGAGGAAACUCAGAGAACUUUAGGAAAUCAUCAUUGGUGGAAUAAUUACUCAAUGGAGAAAUGUGUGAAAUCCUUUUCUUACAGAGCAAUGUGUCAAAUAUAUGUGAAGUUUCCCAUUUUAUAAAAUAUUCUCUGUAUAUGUAUAGAAUGAAUAAAAGUCUCUGGUGGCUUUGAAUUUAUUCCUUAAAGUUUAAUUUCUCAUAAUGAGGAAAUGUCAACACUAAAAUCAAAUGAAAAAAAGGUUCACCUGGAGUUCACAUCAGAAAUAUCAGACACAGAAAAACAUCUAAAAUGAAUGCUUUACAACACAAUUCAGCCAUGUAUUCAGAGUUUUUCCUAGCAAACCAUUAAUGAGAACCAAAUUAAGAUGUAGGAUUGUGAAGUGAUCUGGGAGUGCUGAAUGCAGAAUUUUGUAAUGAGUUGUAGGCAAGGAUAUCAAUUUUUUUCUCAAUGUUCUUGCAAAUACUUAUGAAGUAAAAGCUGUAGCUAAAUAUUCUAUAAUGUCCAGCUUCCAUGUUUUCACAGAAAUCUAAACAUAAAUAUAAUGACUGUUAAACCAGAGAACUGUGAAUGUUAACAGAAGAAUGUACAGACCAAGAUUAUGUGUCAUAAAUGUUAUAUAAUCUGAACAGUUAUGAAUACAGCAAUAAUGGACAGAAUAUAAAUAAAUAGAUAACUUUGGGUUCA